AUGGCAUCCUCUUUCCAGGUCUACAAAGCUCUUCUCUUCUUCUCCUCGCUGCUCUCGGCGGUGCAGGCACAAAAGGUCGGCACUCAGCAGGCAGAGGUACAUCCCAGCCUCACCUGGCAGGAAUGCACUAGCAGCGGCUGCAGCACCGUCGAUGGUGAGAUUGUCAUCGACUCCAACUGGCGCUGGCUGCAUAAUGUGGGCGGAUACACCAACUGCUACACUGGCAACGACUGGGAUCGGACUCUCUGCCCGGACAACGAAGCGUGCGCAGAGAACUGUGCUCUUGACGGUGCUCAGUAUGCGUCUACCUACGGCAUCACCACCUCGGGCAACUCUCUCCGCUUGAACUUUGUUACGCAGUCGCAGCAGAAGAACAUUGGUUCCCGCGUCUACCUCAUGGAUGACGAGGACACAUACACCAUGUUCCACCUGCUCAACCGGGAGUUUACCUUUGACGUUGACGUCUCCGAACUCCCCUGCGGCCUGAACGGAGCUGUUUAUUUCGUCAACAUGGACGCUGACGGUGGCAAGUCCCGCUUCCCCACCAACGAAGCAGGCGCCAAGUACGGAACUGGAUACUGCGACUCGCAGUGCCCUCGCGACCUGAAGUUCAUCAACGGCGUGGCCAACGUCGAAGGAUGGGAACCCUCUGAGACCAACCCCAACGGUGGAAUUGGCGGCCACGGCUCCUGCUGCGCGGAGAUGGACAUCUGGGAAGCGAACAGCAUCUCCACUGCCUUUACCCCACACCCCUGCGAUGUCCCCGGCCAGGUCCGCUGUGUCGGCGACUCCUGCGGCGGAACCUACAGCCCCGAUCGCUACGCAGGAACCUGCGAUCCCGACGGCUGCGACUUCAACUCCUACCGCCAGGGCAACCACACCUUCUACGGGCCCGGAAUGACCGUUGAUACCAACAGCCCCUUCACGAUCGUCACGCAAUUCCUGACCGAUGACGGCACCGACACGGGCACGCUCUCCGAGAUCAAACGCUUCUACGUCCAAGACGGCGUCGUGAUCGCCAACUCUGAAUCCACCUGGCCCGCGAACCCGGGCAACUCCAUCACAACCGAGUUCUGCGAAGCCCAAAAGGAACUCUUCGACGACGUCGACGUCUUCACUCCGCACGGCGGAAUGGCCGGCAUGGGCGAGGCCCUCGAUCAGGGCGUCGUCCUGGUCUUGUCUCUGUGGGACGACACCUACGCAAACAUGCUCUGGCUCGACUCGACAUACCCGGUAGACGAGGACCCAUCCACCCCAGGUGUCGCCCGCGGAACGUGCCCCACGGACUCUGGUGUCCCCGAGGUCGUCGAAGCAGAGCACCCCAAUGCGUACGUCGUCUACUCGAACAUCAAGUUCGGGCCCAUUGGGUCGACCUUUGGUGAGGACAGCGGGCCUGGAAACCCGACUACCACGACCACUCGGACCUCGACGACUACGACCAGCAGCGCGACCUCCAACCCGACCAACCAGGCUGGGCACUGGCAGCAGUGUGGUGGAAAUGGAUGGACGGGAGCGACUUCAUGUGUUAGCCCGUGGACUUGCACUGUUGUGAACCCGUGGUACUCCCAGUGCUUGUAA